GAUCUUUAUGUGUACGUAGUCUCACGAAAAAUGCAUAAUUUUGGUUGACGCGCGCGUAUAUAAUGGGUAGUGAAUCCUUUUAGAGACAUAACGUGUGAAGACCUAUUCCAAAGUGUGUCAGUCAUAUUAGAAACGAAGUCGUUGUACUAUAAGGUAGGUGAUUAAAAUCUCUUGCAGGUUUUACAUUUGAUUGGUGGAAUUUGAUAAAAUAUGACAGUCAUUCAAUGAAGUGUUUGAUUUUUGAAAUAUAUUAUAUGCUUUAUAUUAUUUGAAUUAUAUUAUACGGCGUUAUUAUCGAGCUACAGUAUUUCAUCAAAUGUUUUCAUUUUUUUAAAAAUUAUUUUCAUAUGUUAUUUUGAUAAAUUUAAACUUGCAGAGAAAUAUUAUAGAUUAUUAAAGUUCCAUUUAUGCAAUAUGCAAGAAUCUAGUUAUGACAUUAAUGGUUUUUUGUAUUAAAACAAGACGCCAGUUUUGUUUUAAUAUUGCUGGCACAAAAUUUUCACCAAUUCCCUUUGCAAAAAUAGAAAUGCGGAGCAUGCGUUUUGUUCAAUUUCUCCCAAAUUUGGUCACAAUUAUAUAAUGUAGGACAAUAGACAAUUAUUGAAUGAGGUUGAGUAUGAUUCCACCGAAACCAAAGGCUGAGGUGGAUAACCGACUGACAAACCGAGGCCUUGAUAAUUCUCGAUAUCAUACGAAAACCGAAUUCAAUAAUUGUUUUAUUGUAUAUUCAAAAGCUAGAAAGAAAGCAAAGCCAUUUUGUUUAUGCACUUGUCAAUGUAAACCCCCGGCCCCCCAACCCCGGGCAUUAGAUAUUUUCGUUUCUAAUCAGACUGAGCUAAUGCCCCGCCAUGUGGAGCCAAUUAAAAUGGACAAAUGCCCCGGCCUGUGGGGCUUUCAGAAGUUUAGAAUCUUACCAAAUUCAAUACAAAAUAAAAUGCAAUACUACUGUUUGUAUAAAAAAACCCUGAAUCCUUUCAAAUUCAAAUUAGCUAUAACGUAUUGUAGUAAUUUGACAGCUCUAAUUGCUUUGAAUUAAUGGUUGGGUAAGAACACAAGGUCUUGUACCCACGGGACAAAACUCAAAGAAAUAAAAAUUAGAAAAUUUAAAAGAAAUACAGUAUUUCUUUCAAAUUUUCUAAUUUUUAGUUCUUUGAGUUUUGUCCCGUGAGUACAAGACCUUGUGUUCGAACAAUGGACCGAGCCGGGGCUUGGUAACAACAGCGUGCAAUAAUACUUUUUUGGACUGAACUGAUCCUCGUUCCCAGGGCUUCUCGGCUGCCUGCAUGGCAACGCAAGCAGCCGAGAAGCCCUGGGAACGAGGAUGGACCGAACUUCGGUAAAAAAAGUAUUAUUGCACGCUGCAUGAUGGCGUCAGCAGCUGAAAUAACGCGACGGCUUCAAGAUACCGAGAAUUAUCCUACGCGUUUUGACCAAUCCGGAACGAGAAUAGAUUGACUUUGAAUAUAUAAUAAUUAUGUUAAAUAAACAAAACCGUGUUCGCAAUUUUGAUUUAAUGCAACAUCUUUCUAUUUAUGUGCAGCUUUCUAACAGUUCGCAGAAACAGAAUGAACAUUUAUCUUCUCCGCGGGUUUAUAUCUAAAUUUAACGCGCCUAUACUCUAUAGCUCGAAGCUUGAAACAGACACGAACACUUUGAGAUUUAGUUUAAGUCCGCUUUAUUAUUUUCCAAGAGCGUUGCCCCCUAACAACAACAGCAAAAAAAUUAGCAGUGGAAAACGGAAUUGUUAAUAUUCGUCGUCCUUUUCUUAAAUUCUUUUUAGAAUGGAACUCGGUAUGACUAUUUUCUUGUUUGUUGCAAUUUUCGCUUGUUUUGGUUACCAAGCACAAGGUAAGAUAUCGGGACGUAAAUCACACACAUACGGCAGUGUGCAUGUAUAGGCCUAGUCAAGGUGAUUUUUGUGCCAACAUAUAUAUCUAUUAAUUGGCCAACCACUGUUAGUCGAAUUCUUAGAGAGGUCAUUAGGAUGUAGGCUAAGAUCUAAGCCGCGGAAAUGUGUAAAUUAACCGCCUUACUCAACUGCAUGCUAAAAUUGUGAAAAAACAUUUAGUUUAGCUUAGCACGUUUGAAAGUUAGGUGAAAAUUGUUUUUUCUGAAUUUUCGGAAAACAAUCAAAAUUAAGUUCAUAAUAAUUAAGAUAUAUAUGACGCGGUUUCGCAAGCCAUAAUUAUGCAUUAAUUUAUAAAAGAAAGAUCUCCCAAAUUUCAUUAAUUCUGCAACAAAGAGUUAUCAAAAUAAAUUUUUAAAAAUUUAUUAACCUGAAGUCCACGGAAAUGCUAAUGAUGGCAUGUCUAUGCAAUACCUCCAUUAAUAUACUUCCAUAUUGACGUGUACAUGUCCUUUGCCGGACCUGCGCUACUAACUUCCAGACGAAGGGCGUUCUUUCGAAAUAUCGAAGCCCUUUUUUUUCCUAUUUCUCAGGCACCUGCCUCAUCUAUACACAAGUUUAGCAUAGACCUUGUCUUUUGUAGCUUAGAUCUUGUUUCUAAUUAAAAAUUGUUUAAAGCAAUUGCAUUCACUAUUCAGUUUUCACAAUUUGUGAUUUACAACUUGCAUUGCGUAACUAACAAACAAUUUACUGUUUACACUUGAAGCCAUAUUUCGACGUGAUAUAUGUAAAUUUGGAAGCAAGUAGAAUAUAUAUUAUAUCCGUAAUACUUGGCUAUGUAACUGUUUUUGUAGCAAGAAGGCUUGAAAUCUAUAUAAAAAGUGAAGGUUGUGAUGAUCCGGGCAUUACCGGCUGUGGCCAUGCAAUUAUACGUGUGAAUGGUAAAGACGUCUCCAAGCACGGGCGUGGUUACAAUGUUGUUGUUGUCAACGGGAGAACAGGUAUAUAUGCAUAAAUAUGCCGGAUAAAUGGAAAAAUAUAUGGAAAUCAGAGGCCUAUCUUUUCCAGGCUGCUUAUAGGCGUGGUCCUCGUUGAAAUGGAAGAGACGAGCGGAGAAGGGUCUGCAAGAAAACCAGGGGCCGGUUGUAUAAAACUCUUAAUCACUUUUUUCAUCACUAUUUUGUAGUUACUGUGAUAGUGAUUAACUCUCAAAUAGGCGCUUCUUAUUGGAUGACUUUUCCACUUAAUUAUAAUUAACUUUAAUCACUUUUUUAUACAACCGGCCCCAGGCUUUCGUGAACACUGAAAUAAAUUUUUUUUUAGUGUCAUGCAGCCCUUAAUUAUUAUUUGCAAUCAAAAUUAAAGCAUUUUUAUUCCACACUUUGUCCGUAUCAAUUGAAAAUAUAAGUUUGUUGGAAUUGCGAUAUAGUUACAUAUUUUCACUAAUAUUUAAGCUUUUUAAAAUAAUGUCACUCGUUGAAAAUCAAAAACUGUACUUACAGGGUAAAAAAGUUACAUCAUUCACUACUGUUGCUAUGGCACUUUACUCGAGCAAACGCCUUGUUAAUCUAUUUUUUUUACUUUCAGAAAACGUUUUUGAAUCAGCAGUAUGAUAGAUUAUCUGAAUGACUUUAAAAAAUUCUGUAGAGCCAAAUUUUUCAAAGGCAAUUAAUGUUUUUUGCAAUAACUUGUAUUUUGUCUUACAGAUGCUUUUUAACUCGUUAAAGGCUGUAUAUUAUACUGAAUUUUUAAUACUCUUCGGUUCGCUAUGCUUGUAAAUGAAUACAGACUAGAGAUUCAUUUCAAGAAAGUUCGGAAGGUGCGAAUUCAUAACAUUCCAAUGCUCAGGUCCCGACCAUUGGAAUGUAGGCCUGCGCAGAACGUAUGCACAGAAAGGACUUUACAUGGUCUUUAAUAUUAUAAUGUGUUAUACGGCAAGAUAAAAACUUUCUUGAAAUGUCAUUGUUACCAUAUAGUAACAGUAUGUCGUAACUGUUUUCACUACUUUCUGACUCUAGCAUACUCAACUUUCAUAAGGAGAAAAAUUGUAGGGAGCCACCUUAACACUGUAUAUUAUGUACUUCAUUCUCCUGGGUUUUUUUUCUGAAUUGCCCAACUCAACUUGUUAUUCUUUUCUCCAGGAGUGGUUGAAUCAAGCGUAUCAUUUGACACUCACCACAAUCCUAAAGCACAUAAUGGCUUGAUUUUCCAUCUACACAAUAUACAACACGGGUAAGUUUACUGAAAAUUGUCAUUUUAAAUUUUUUAUCUGCCCCCCCCCCCCAUUUUGUAUUGAUUGCAGAUAUUGUCCAUAAAAAAAAUACUCAUGGGGGGGGGGGGGGAUUUAUAAACAUAAAUAAAUUUUCCAGGCAUAUUUUUCGUUUUCUAAAAUAUUUAGUUCUUUACUUUCCCAUCCAUUUCAUGUUUUGGCGACUACAAAAACAAUUUGCCGACAAAACCUUCAUUUUGUGGAAAAGAUGUUUUCACACUCCCAAUACUCCCUCCCCUAGCGACGGCCCUGAUAGUCAAUUUAUACCAAUAUUAACCUAAAUCUUAUAUUCAAUGCUAAUUCUUCGCGGAUUUCAGACACGAUAGUCAGUACCUGAAUUUUUAUUGAAACUUAUCUGACAUUUACCUCAAAUAUGUUAUGAAACUUACACGUAUGUAUAACCAUGGAUAAUAAAAUGUUAUUUUACAAUCCAUGAUGUAACUUACACGGGCGUAUAUGCUAAAGGAUUUACCGUCAAUAAUCUUAGGAAUAUUUGGCGUGGUCAGGGCCGUACACAGCGGGGGCGCAACUGCCCCCCCCCCCCGAGAAAACUAUAUUUACGAUUUUUAGAAUGUCAUUAUUAAUUAUUCUUUGGAUAUUUGAGACUUUUUUCGGCAUAUAGGCCUUACCACGUACAAAAAAAUCCUGCGUACGGCCCUGGGCGUGGUCAGGUAAUUAUAUUAUUACAUCAUCAAAAGAUUACCUUAUGUUCUUGUUAAAGUUAGGUGAAUUCUUAAACAAAGUUCAUAUGCUAGCUUACAGUUUGAAUAUUUUGCUAUAAAAACAUUUGGCAUAGCUAGUCUUCAGUACCCAAGCUGUAAGAGUAGUCACGUCAGAAGCAGCAUGUUUUUGAGUUUUGUACUUUUGAAGUAUUCAAGUAAAUGUUAAAAAUCCAUAAAAAAAACCCAUAGAACUAUUAGUACGGAGGUUGAAAAUGGUUAGAGGUACUACCUGCAACAUCGUAAUUUAUUUUCAAAUUUAUUUUAGAAAAUUAGUGUUAAUUGCUGUUCAAGAUGCUUCUUCUGGACAAAUGACCGACGCAGCUUAUCAUGCCUUGAAGGAAUUUGGAGCCAGGAAUCCAUUGAAGGGUAAACUCCGUAAUUCGUACGCUCUUCUUGGGUGGUCUGGAUACGGCGUGCUUGACGCAGUCACACAGGUAACUAUGAAAUAAAGUUUCUAAACAAGUGCUUUCACGGUUUAGGUGUGUAAUGAACUAAUAUAAAUUGACGAAAACUAAAAACACUCGUCGUUAGCGUUUAGGGUGAAAGUUUUUCCGCAAAACGAGAGAAUAAAUCGUUAAUAUAUACAGUGCCAUCAGACAGGCAUUUACAAUGGAAAAGAGAAACUGUGAACCCAUGCAUGAUUAUUAUUAUAUUAGAAACACAUGCAUGCAGCAACCCCUCGCCUAUAUUUUCCAAAUUACAUUGAAUUAACAUGAAGUAUUCAGAAAUGGCCGACACUGAACAUAGGCUCGCGUUCAAGUAUUGCCAUGACAACACGAUAUUUUCCAUUUUCAAUAUUAAUCUUCUAUACUCUAUAGUUUUAAUUUUUUGUACAAAACGGCAAAAUAUAGUUGACUAGAUUCGUACCUUUAACUAUACAACAAUUAAUUUCCGAAAUAUAUACUGUACUACUGUAGGUAUGUUAUAAUUUCGCAUUUUGUGAGCUUUGAUUUAAUAUAAAAUUUAACUUGAAAUGCUUCGUAAAAUGUUUUGAGAUGUUCAUUCAACUAAACUACAUUUGCCGAUAAUAUAAAUUGUUUUUACUGAAUACUUUUAAAAAUAAAACAUAAGUUCAAAUUGUUAGGUAAUUUCAGUUCCGUAUUCAAAUCAAUUUUAUUUGCUCUCCUUUACAUUUUAAGUUUUUUUCCUAAAAUUAAACAGGGUAAUUUAGGAAACUUACAGCUUCGUUGGAAACGAAAACAGUUCAUGUUCUAGGCAACAAAAUUCAUAAACAUUAAUUAGCAAACUUGCGCAUGCCCUAUAUUUUACGAUCUCCCAUAGUAAAUAAAUUGUUCUCAUUUCUUCAAACAAAAAUUGCUUUAAAGCUCUUGUAUAUGAAACAAUUUUCCAAACAUUUGUCUUUCAAAAUUGAAAUCUUGCUUAUCCCACUCCUGGCAAUCCGCCAUCUUUUUUAGAUCAGCAUUGGCAGCCCAAUGUUAUGGUUGCCUGCGCACGGGCACAUGUGGCGCGGGCCAGGCAUAGUAUAGUUGUAAAUAAUUCAACUAUAUACUAUGCCUCGCCCGCGCCACAUAUGCCAGCGCGCUGGCAACCAUAAUAUUGGGCUGCCUUGGGCUGCCUAUAAGAUCAGUGAGGAGGUCCACCCAUACACCAAUGACACCACUUUGAACUUCGCUAAUGCUUUCGUUUCCCCGGGCGGAAUUAGUAUCCUCGCUCCACGCCGUUGGCACUUGGCUCGGUGAUUAUAUUAUAUUUUAUAUAAUACCUUAUUAAAUUCUAAUCGUUUAAUUGGCUGUUUAUGGUCACGUGAUAUUGAAUAGAAAAUUCCAUUUCCCAAGAGUGCAAUGGAACGCGUUCCAUUGCACUCUCCGCGAGUGCAAUGGAAUAAAACGUAUAGUACAAUUGCACUCUUUGUGUUUUCGAUAAAUUGCAUCCCUCAAAAUGCUUCUCAUACGAAUCUAUUAGUCUGUUCUAGACUUUUGGUAUUAUAUAAAACAAAUAAUGAAUGUUUCUUCGUGCAAUGGUAAGACUAUUUUCAUUCGGUGAAAGAUGGAAUGUUCCAUUCAACUCGGCUGUCGCCUCGUUGAAUGGAACAUUCCAUCUUUCACCUCAUGAAAAUAUUCUUACCAUUGCACUCAUAAACAUUCAUUAUUUGUAUAAUAGUCCUUAUCUACGCAGUCCGCGGCAUUAGUUUAAGUGACUUCUUUCAUAUAUUGAAUUUUAUACUUAUAUAUAGAUGCUGUUUUUUAAUGACAUUCAAUUUUUUGAAGACUGAAGCCAGCUAUUCCGUCGAAAACUUAAUUGCUAAAAUAAAAUGUUACAAACAAGGAGCCCCUUACCCAUAAUAGUCAAAUUAUAUAUGAAACCAUUUUGGUCAGAAAUUGGACCAAUAAACGCAAAUUUCAAUUGGAAAAUCUCGUUUGGAAAAUGCGCAUCUCAAUGAUUUCAUGCACUUAUUCAAAAACUUUGCCCCACAUCGGAAGUCAUGAAAUAAUUUGAAAUUGCUCAUUAUAUUAAUAUGAAAUUAAAAUCUUAUGAACGACGUUCAUUCAAUACAGUUUUCCGUUUAGGAAAACUAUAAAUAUAUGCGUGUUCCGAAAUGAUCAGAGCCCUUGCAUGCAUAUACAGUAAAACCAUAAUGCACAUAGUUUCACACCUUUAAUAUAGAUUCAACGCGACCGAUAUCUAGGACCAAGUAUUAUUUCAAAAGUGAUCAGCUUGCCGUUGUACUGAGGUCAGAAGGUGAGUUCAUACCACAACUCAUAUAAUCAUCCAGCAGUGAUUUGCAGAGGUCAAUUCUUCUCAAGGAAGAUAUGAUUGUGGACAACUACAGUCACCAAAACAUCAAAGUGCUCAAUUAAUAAUAAAAUGAAUGAAUAUAAAAUGAAUAGAGAGCUUAAGACCCCGUUUACACGGUACCGGACGAAUUUAGAACCGGGCUGAAAUUCGUCCUUUUUCGCGGAACCGCCGGACGAAUUUGAGACCCCCUAACAUAGUCCGUGUGUUGUGACCCGAUAUCGUUCACUUUCAUUAAGCAUGUCUUAGAUCUGAAAUAUUUUUACGGAAACACUUUUAAGCACGCUGAGUUCAAAUCCGAAAUGUUCCCGCUCCGUAGACCCGCAGUUUUCUCACAAAACUGCUAUUUUAUCUUCAAUAAUUUCACGACAAAUUUUUUAUUGUUCAACGACACGGUCGAUGACGAUACACGAUUAUAUCACUCAAAAGGACCAAUUUCUAUUAACCAGACGAGUCUUCCUUUUAACAAAAGACCGGUUUUGCUCGAAUCAUUUUGUGUUAUGUAAUCUUAUGCGUGCAGUUGGACGUAAACAACAUAUCUUGUCUACUAAUUUUGUGAUGCUCUUUCAAGCUGUGAUGAAAUUUUUCUCUAGACUUGUCUAGAUCAAAAUUUUAGUUAUAAAGUUAGUUAAAGGUCCAUUAAAACUGAUGGUUUAACUGACUACAGAGCAAAGAGUUUUGACUGUUUUACGCGCUACGUUAAAUUAAUCAGCAAGUCAUAUUCAUAUGUUGAACGAUGCCGAAAACUUUUAAAUAACUUCAUAAAAUUCGACUAUUCAAUUGUGUUUACGCGCCCAUUGGUUCAGUAUUAGCUAUAGGAUUCACGCGUCAAAUAUAAAGACUGUUUUCCACUUCAACCCAUCGUAACAUAUAUACCGUAGCAUUUUCUUUUGUAUCCAAGUCAUUAGUUCCACACUACCGCUCAGGAAACAAAGAAAUACGCUACGUUUCAGUACGAUUGAAGUGGAAAACUGGUUUAAUUUAACAUUAAGGUGAAUUUCUAAACUGAGCCAAUUAAGGGUCACUUUUAAUUUUAUACACCCUGUACUAUUUUUGACAAGUGAGCAUGUAACAAAGUAAACUUUUCUGGAGCACUUUUACUUGGAACGAAGUCGUUUUAAGAAGUAACGUUUUACUUCGUUAUUUUCAUUUUGUGGCGAAGUAUUUCGUUACUUUCUAACUUUUGUUUAAUUUUACGCGAUUUAUUUCUGGUUUAUUUUAAUUUCGGGAAAGGUAAUACGACCUCUACAUGCGUCUGGGAUCUCUCGUUUGUGAUUUACUUAUAAGAAUUAUUAAUUUAAUGGAUUUCUUAUAUCUUCAACGGAGUCUGGAAAGUAGACCACGCCGGUGCACGCAUAUAAUGCGUAUGUUGUUUUGUGUCUUUUGUAUGUUAAUCCAUUGGAGAAGUUCCCUUCCCCCUUUACACGCCACAGACAUAAUAGUACUUUUACUUUUACUUUGUACUUCAAGUAUUUUUUACUGAAGGAACUUUGUACUUUUACUUAAGUACGUUUUGCUUCCAGUACUUUUUACUCUUACUCAAGUCGUUUUAUUGUUAAUUACUUCUACUUUUACUCGAGUAUAAAUUCAAAGUAAUUUAGGCACCACUGAAAAUACACGCACAUAUACGCUCAUCCAAAUAUUAAUCGAUCCUUUGAAUUCUGGUCGCUACAGAUGUUUUCAAUUCUUAAGUGCAUGACUGUCCCAUCAUAAAAGUUUCCAGAUGUAUAUCAUUAGAUGAAUUUUAAACUAGUUUCCUUUGUUUUUCGCUUCAAAAAUUUAUCGACAGACAUCAUAUCCCAAAACUUUAUUUUUGACAGUGUAAAUAUGAUCAUGAAUCAUGAUGAGAUUUUCAACUGUAAAGAUAUUAAUAACAUGUACUCCUAGAAUGACCCAAAUAAUACACACGCACAAGAAAUCAUAUUAAAUUUUGUGGUUGGACCUUCCAACUCCAAUCAACUUCUAGAUUCGCAUUAUGGUCGCAUUCCUUGGCCGCAUAUGAUGUUUACAUAUCUCCUCAAGAUAUUGGUUUAGCAGUUUAAUUUUAAAUUUCUCUAUUUUUUGCUUAGGAAGAAGAUUAUGUACCAAGAAACUAUUCGUUGUACUUGUUAUUAAUAGAUGUAUGUUUCGUUCUGUAGUUUUUAUUGUGAUAUACAGUAUAUAUUCGAUAGUGAACUUUACAUAAAUUCAUAUUAAAUUAAGUCUAAUCAUUCUAGUAAUCAGUUUUUUAAUAAAACCGUUGGACCCAGGUUCAUUAUGUAAAAUUAAUAUUGUUUGUAUGUAUUUUUAAGAAAUAGAAAACAAGUACAGUCGCGUGCGUUUUAGUCUCUUUUCGAGUGUUCUCCCAACAUCCCCGAGUGUUGUUUUAUGUUAACCGUAAAUAUCCUUCGCGAAAUAACAAUGAACUAAGUUGGCAAGAGCUUUCUUCUUUGAGUAAAAAUACAAUUAUUUUGAAGCCGUAUCGAUCACAACAUAAUUUUGCAAUAUUAUAACGCGUCUUUUUUAAUAAAUGAUAUAAUACUGUCUCGGGUACGUUGUUGUCACGGGCAAGUGUCCUUUACCGAUUUGACUUGGACAAAUUCGUCUUCAAGUCCUUGGUGGGAGUUUGGGUAAUUGUCGAGUGUCAAAAGUCGAGUUCGAGGGCCGAAAGUCGUUGUACGUGUUUGAAAAUCGAAAAUGCUAUUAUUUUAUUAAUACAUUUCUAGAGUACUACAUUUUUUGUAUUUGUUGUCAAAAGGUUAAAAGUUUCCUGAUAAUACCUUUUUGUUUGCUCGUGAAACCAAACAUAUAGAAAUUUCAAACCAGCGGCAACGCCCAAACCUGAUGCAGUACUGCGCCGAAUUUUUUUAAGAGAAAUUGAUCCAUUUUCUCUUUUAAGUGUCUCAUAUGGCUGUAACACAGAACAAUGCCUUAUAUGCAGUGUAAAAUUACCGUAAAAAUAUUCGAGAACGAAGUAUAUGGUGUUUAUUGUACUGUCAGAACGAAUGAGUUAGAUUUGCAGGCUGGGUUUGGGCUAAGGCAGCUUUAAAUAAACAGCAGAGACCUUACGAUGUGCGACGGCAAGGUGACGACAACGGCUAUAGAGCCGGUUUGCGCAUUACGUCAUAGCCGCCAUGUUGGUGUUCCAAUUCAAAAGAAUUUUAAUUAUAGACUCUUUUGUUUGGAACACCAACAUGGCCCAACAUGGCCGCCAUGGCUUUUGUUGAGUUAGUCCCUGGGAAAUGAGUGCAAACGCUCUAUUCAUAAAAUGAGAUUCAUAAUAUGUAAGAAAAAAAUGAAUAAUUAAUAUCCCACGGGAGUUUGAGACGUCAUCCACGGCCUGUUUACAACGGGAAACUACAGACUUUUACGUCUUGUAUAAAACGCCUGCAAAUUUCAAGACGCGAGAUGUGAUACUCAGUAAAUUAGCUCAGUAUUACAAUAGAACUUUCUCAAUAAUAAAGCCACUACUUCAAGCUAACCAAACAGUAUUAAAUUGAUACGAUCAAUGAUUAAGAAAUAGAAAACGAGUCGCCUGCGUUUAUGGUGUGAUAAUGCAUGCAGGGAAUGUUAUAUAGGAGAAUACGAUAGAAGUGUGUAAAAUACGAGGCGUAGCUGAGUGUUUUACACGCUUCUCAAGCAACCAAGACCCUGGGUACGAGGUUGCUUCUCGAGCAGAAGAUAUUACAUAGUAAACAAUUAUAUAAUUAAUUUUACUCAAAACAUAGACUUAUUAUUUCCAUAUGUGAAAUUGUUAUUAAAUUCUACAAGUUCA